AUGCCAAAGGAAGAUAGAUCCGACUGGGUGGCAGUCGCCCCGGAGUUUGCAGCUUCUAUAGGGGACAAAAUCAAACCGGUAACCUCUGCCUAUCAAUACUUUCAAAAGGAUAUCAGUGAACAAGUCAAAGCCGAGUUGGGCAAGGGGUUCAAGGUUUAUGAAUUCGGUAGAGCCGUCAAGGAAAAAUGGAACAACUUGGACGAUGACGAACGAGAGCAUUAUGAGCAAUUGUGUCGAGAAGACAAGGCUCGGUUUGCCCGUGAAUCUCAUGCAGCCGAUAUUGCAGCCAUUGAACGACGAGAGCGAUUGCAACGAGAACGAGACAUGCUGAUGCUGGAUGAUGAAGGUGGGGUUAGACGGACGACACGUGGAGUUCGAGCCAAGAAGGAACGAAAAAAGGCACGCAAAGACAAGAGAGGGAAUCAACGGCACUCCAAAACGGACAGGAACAUGGCUGAUAAUCAAGAGUUUGUCGACGACGACGACGACGAAAGCAGUGAUUCAUAUUCGGCAGCAAGUGACUCGGAUAGUGAAGGUGAUUCCGACGGCAAUGGCCGCCCUAAAAAAAAGAAAGCAGUCAAACCAAAGCCGCAAAUGAGUGAAAAGCAAAUAGAGUACAGGAGAAAAAUCAAAGAAGAAAAACAACAGAAGGAACAAAUCAUCGCAGCUCGACAGGAAGAUGUUCGGAAAGAAAAGGCCAGUCAAGCCAAGCGACGAUUGGAAUUUCUCCUCAAGCAGAGUAAUAUAUUUUCACACUUUGGACAAGUCAAACAAGAUACUGCCAAGUAUGGGAUCAAGACGGCGGUGGCAACCAAAAAUUCUGACGACACCGCCAGUAGUCGUCGAGAUGCCGGUGACGAUGAUGAUGACUUGGAGGAAGCGGAUGAGUCCAGGGCAACUUUUCUGACUGCACAACCUACAACAAUAGGCUUUGGAAAGAUGAGACAGUACCAGCUCGAGGGUCUUAAUUGGAUGGUUCGUCUGCAGGAAAACGGUGUCAAUGGAAUUUUGGCCGACGAGAUGGGACUGGGAAAGACUCUUCAAUCGAUAUCCGUUCUUGUCUACAUGCUGGAAUACCAGAAUAGCACCGGGCCUCAUUUGAUCGUCGUUCCGAAAAGUACGCUAAGUAACUGGAUGAACGAAAUCAAGCGAUGGGCGCCAACACUUUCCGCAGUCAAGUUCCAUGGGGACAAGACAGCUCGAGAAGAACUUGCCAAUAACGUACUCUGCCCCGGCCAACACGAUUCUGAACGGACGUGGAACGUCUGCGUUACGACCUACGAGGUUUGCAAUAUUGACAAGAAUGUUUUGAACAAGUUUGCCUGGUCCUACUUGAUUAUUGACGAAGCUCAUCGGUUGAAGAAUGAAGCUUCCACCUUCUCUGUGACUAUUAGAACCUUUGAAACUCGAUACCGUCUCUUGCUCACCGGUACGCCUCUCCAGAACUCCCUCCACGAGUUGUGGGCACUACUGAAUUUUCUGGUGCCCGAUGUGUUCGCCAAUGCAGAACAGUUUGACGAAUGGUUCAAUCUUGACAUUGAAGACAACGAUGAGAAGAACAAACUCAUCUCCCAGUUGCACAAGAUUCUGCGACCGUUUAUGCUUCGGCGCUUGAAAAAGGAGGUCGAGAAGAGCCUUCCACCAAAACAUGAAACCAUUUUGUAUACUGGCAUGAGUGCAAUGCAGAAGAAGCUGUAUCGAGAUAUUCUGAUCCGAGAUAUUGACGCAGUGCAAGGGACAACAGGGAAUCGGACUGCCAUUCUAAACAUUGUCAUGCAACUUCGAAAGUGUGCUGGGCAUCCCUACCUAUUUCCAGGAGUGGAAGACAGAACGCUGCCUCCAUUAGGCGAGCACUUGGUGGAAAAUUGUGGCAAGAUGGUACUUCUUGACAAACUCCUGAAACGACUACACGAACGCGGUCAUCGUGUUCUACUUUUCACUCAGAUGACACGUAUACUUGAUAUCAUGGAGGACUAUUUGGUCAUGCGAAGAUUCAAAUAUUGUCGCAUUGAUGGAAAUACCACCUACGAAGUCCGAGAAGACUACAUUGACGCUUUCAACAAACCAGAUUCCGAAAAGUUCAUCUUCUUGCUGUCCACACGUGCCGGUGGUCUGGGAAUCAAUCUUCAAACGGCUGACGUUGUCAUUUUGUACGAUUCCGAUUGGAACCCUCAAGCAGAUCUCCAAGCUCAAGAUCGUGCUCACCGUAUUGGUCAAAAGAGAGAAGUUCAGGUCUUUAGAUUUGUGACAGAGCAUACAGUUGAGGAAAAGAUUGUUGAGCGAGCGCAACAGAAGUUGAAGCUUGAUGCCAUGGUGGUUCAGCAGGGUCGCCUAAAAGAGAAAGAUAAACUGUCACGCGAUGAGUUGCUGGAAGCCGUUCGCUUUGGAGCCGACAAGAUCUUCAAGAGCAAGGAUUCUUCCAUCACCGAUGCAGACAUUGAUAUGAUUCUCGAUGCUGGGAAACGAAAGACACAGGAGCUGAACGAAAAGCUGAAAGCUGCGGACAAGGGAGACCUUCUCGAUUUCAAGCUUGACGGCAAUUCCAAUUUGCAAACAUUCGAGGGAGUGGACUAUUCGAGCAACGUUCUCGCCCAAGCGAGGAAAGAAGCCGAGCUGCUGCACAUUAUUGAUAUGGGAAAACGUGAACGCCGGACGGUGGCCAACUACAACGAGAACAAGUUGUACCAGGAACAGAUGGCAGCGAUGCAAGGAAAGAAAGUUGAACGGAAGAGAAAGAUCAUCAAGUUGCCCAAAGAAAAGAGGCUCCCAAGAAUGGAAGAGUGGCAAAUGUUCAAGAGGGAUCGAUUGAUUGCGAUUCAAGAACAGGAAGAAGCCAAAUUUCGUAGCCUACCAGAAGAAGUGCAAAAGCUUGAAGCUUCAAGUAACAAGGCUUCAGACCCUGUAGACUCAUCAACAGGCGCUUCUGCUACAAAUGGCGAUGGCAAUGGAGCCGAAGGAAAAGAAGAAGGUAGUAAGCCAACCCCUCCUCUCGAAGUUCCACCUCUUUUGGACGAAGAAACGCAGGCCGAGAAGGACAAGCUUUUGAGUGAAGGCUUUGCGACUUGGAGACGUCCCCACUAUUCUGCUUUUGUCAAGGCAAGUGGCCGUUAUGGUCGUUCCAAUUAUGCUCAGAUUGCAGCAGACGUGGGGAAGUCCGAGGCGGAAGUGAAAGAGUACGCCGACGCAUUUUGGGGGCCAGUCGGAAAAGAGCGUUUCUCCGAACACGAAUAUGAUCGGGUUGUGAAGCUCAUUGAGAAAGGGGAAAAGAAAAUUUUAGAAAUCGCGAGUCUCGAAAGAUGUACAAAAGUCCUCGUAUCACUAUUCGAGAAUCCUUGGGAAGAAUUGGAGUACCAGCAUGUCACAACUAAGGACAAGCUCUUCUCUGCGGACAAUGAUCGCUUCUUGCUGUGUUGGGCUCACAAAUUUGGAUAUGGGCAGUGGGGUGCAGUCAAGAUGGCGAUACGUCGAAGCCCGAAGUUCCGGUUUGACUACUUUAUGCGCAGCUUGCCUAUGGACGUCCUCGGCCGACGCUGCGAGCAUCUGAUGAGAGCAGCAGAAAAGGAAGUCGAGCAUCUUGAAAAGAAUGCAAGAGAAGAAGCUGGGUUGCCUGUGGAAGCACCGGAAGGUGGUGCACUACCACCUGUUCAGUUGCCUUCGUUCAAGGAAAUGCAGCGUAUUUUCCGUCAAAGAAAGCGAGAACAAACGGAACAAGAGAAGAUCCAACUUGAAAGGAAGGUUGAAGAGUUAGAGACUGAGAUGAAAAAUAUCCAGGACCGUCUCAAGGAACUGAACAGCAGCGGGGUGAUGGAAGUGCAACAAAAAACUCCUUCGAAGACCAUGGCAUCCAGAAAACGACCUCGGUCGUCCGAAACUACGAAAGAAGAGGAGGUGUCGGGCCCCAAUGAUAUCGACGAGAGCAAGGGGACAAUCGGACCUGAGGGCGAAUUUUUAGAAUUCCCCGAGUACGAUGGCGUCGAUCCGCCUAAGGAACCAAAGAAAGCAUUCACGCAUUUCUGUGUUUCAACAAGGAAGACUGUGAAGGCGGCGCUUGAUCCAACAGAGCGAAAGAACAAGGAGAAAAUCCAUGAGAUAUUACGAGAAAAGUGGAUGAACUUGCCAGACGAAGAAAAGCUAUCUUGGCGAAAGUGGGCUACCUGGGACAAGAAGCGUUUUGCUCGGGACAUGGAUAUCCAUGAAAGCAAGAAGAAGAAUGGUACCCCAAAGGCAGACGAUGAAAACUCGGAGAGCAUAUCUGCGGAACAUGAUCUGCAAGUCACGAAAAAGAAGAUACCUUCUCUCCAUGUGCCGAAGAAGAAGCGGCUUACAUAG